UUUUUUUUUUUUUUUCUAGCUUUUGUUCGAAGCCGAGCACGUCCGCGCCAUGAUGAUGGACGUCGAACCGCCCUCAUCGUCGACCUCGACCUCGACCUCGGCCUCGACCGCUGUUGCGCCGUCCACUUCCACGCCAAUGUCCACGGAGCCGCCAUCCACCAGCGACGCCAGCGACGCCAGCACGAACACCAGCAGCAGCAGCGCGUCAGAGCCAGCCAGCGAGCCAAUGCAGAUCGCAGACGCCACCACUGCUGCUGCUGGAGCCGCUGCUUCCACUGCUGCGGGGCAAUCAGGAUCCAGUGCUGCUGCUGCUGCUGCUGCUGUUCAGUCAGGCACAAAGGUCCAGUGGGGACUCAAGACGCACCAGAACAAGGCCGGAGAUACGUUUGCGGUUGGCCACGAGCCAAGAGACAAGCCGUUCCAAGUCAUCACGCACAGCGAAUACAUCAACCUGUCGGCAAAGAAAGACCCAAAGUUCAAGUUUGAAUGUGAAUGCUCGUUUGAUCCAGCGACGGACGACCCGGCAACUGCUUGUGGCAAAAACUGUCUGAAUCGAAUGCUGAUGGCCGAGUGCAGCCCUAAACGCUGCCCGUGUGGAACUUACUGCACCAACCAACGGUUCCAAAACCGGCAAUAUCCUGCCAUGGAAGUGUUCCGCACCGAGAAGAAAGGCAACGGCUUGAUGGUGCUGGAAGAUCUCGCUCCUGGCCAGUUUCUAAUAGAAUACGUGGGCGAUGUGGUGCACAAUCGCGAGUUCAAAAAGCGCACGAAAAGCUACCACGAACGACAAUACGACCACUUUUACUUUAUGACACUCUCCUCCGACGAAGUCAUCGAUGCGACCGUGCGCGGCAGCAUCUCGCGCUUUAUCAACCACAGCUGCGAACCCAACUGCGAGACGCAAAAGUGGGUUGUUGAUCGACGGAUUCGCGUCGGCAUCUUUGCCAAGAAGGCGAUUAAGGCGGGGACUGAGAUCACCUUUGAUUACAAAUUUGAGCGAUUCAGUGAUGAAGGGCAGGCGUGCUACUGUGGGGCACCAUCUUGCAAGGGAAUUAUUGGCGGCAAAAAGCAAUCAAAGGACUCUGAUGCUGCCGCUCAAGCGCAAGCCGCGGACGAAGAGGAAGAGGACGAAGACGACUCUGACGAUGCGGCCAUGGACACCUCCUCCGCCUCGACGCCUUCUCGAAAAAAGCCGAGCAAGGCCAAGCGCAAGGAGUUUAACUCAUUCCUGGACGAUCUCAACGAAACCCUGGAUGUCGAAGGUGGAUUGGCCAAGGAGCUUGAUUUUUCGCGGCUCAUGCUGCAAGUGAAUGAGGACGAAAAGCGAUUACACAUGCUCCGAGCAUUGCAAAAAACCAAGGACAAGUCCAUCUUAGCCUCCUUUGUGGCGCACUUUGGAUUGCAGCAGUUGCGAUUGUGGCUCGUUGAUAUUCACGCAACAUCGACCGAGCCACUCUUGGAGCUGCUCAGAACGUUGCAGUGUUUGCCGUUAAAGACGCGAAACCCCAUCGACAAUGCCAAAAUUUCAAAGCAUGUCGAACCGCUGCUCCAGCACGAGCAAGAGGAGGUCCGGACGGCCGCAGAGUCCUUGCUUGCAGAAUGGCAAAAGCUGCCUGUGGAGUACAAGAUUCCCAAGCGGAAGCUUCCGUCACCACCAGCAACGCCCUCCGGUCCCAGCGGUGGCUCUUCCCACGCCACCACGCCUGCGCCUUUGACACCAGGCACCGUGCCACCACUAUUGCCCGCGUCGUCCAUGGAUCGUCGCCCAAGGUCAACGCCUCAGCCGCCUGUCCGUGAGCGGGAGCGCGAGUGGAGCGGUGCUCGCGACGACCGAGGAACGUCCAGUGAUCGGGACCGCGAUUGGAGCCGGGAUCGCGAACGGGACCGGGAUUACCAAGACCGAGACCGAGACCGAGACCGCGACCGUGACCGUGACCGCGAGCGAGACCGUGAUCGCGACCGCGACUACCGAGACCGCGACCGUGAUCGAGACUACCGCGACCGCGAUCGUGACCGAGACUAUCGCGGAGAUCGUGACACGUUCGAUAAUCGGCGAAAUUCCAAGCGCGACUACUCCCAGGUGGAUGGCGGCGCAGACCGGGAUUCCAAAAAGGCAGCGACCGACUCGAGCUCCCAAGCGCAGCUGGGAGCGAUGCCAUUCGCCAUGCCCCAAGGAAUGGAUGCCUACGCGACGCAGCUCGCGCAAGCGUACGGUAUGGAUGUUGCUCAAGUGCAGUCCCAGCUCCAGGCACAGAUGCAGCAAAUGAUGAUGUAUGCUGCCUACUCUGCCAUGCAAGGCGGCAUGCCAGCGACUGCCGAAGCAACUUCAAGCGCUUCUGCACAACCAGCAGACGCGCCAGCAUCGACCCGACCAUCUGAAUCAAACGGCCAGCAGGACGACGAUGCGGACUCUGACCAAGAGACAGGCGAUGGCUCGCACCGUGUUUCCAAGACCCGUGAGUUUAAGAAGAAGCUGGCUCCAAUCAUCACUCAGGCCUUGUCGCCGUAUUUCAAGCCAGCCUGCACACAAGGCAGGAUUACCUCCAAGGAGGACUUUAAGCAUCUUGCUGGCAAGCUUGUCAAGCUUAUUAUUGAAAAGGAACGAAAGAAGCUCACUGAUAACGAGGCCAGCCUUGUUUUGGACGAGGCAGUGACCAAGCGCGCCAAGCUGUUUGUGACAAAGUACAUGUCUGCUUUCGACGCCGAGUAUACUCGAGUGUAAUCGAGGAAGCUUUUGGCGUUUCAUGAGUAUCUUUGGACUGCUUUUUCUUGUUUUUUCACAUUGUAUCAACAACACUUUUUUUUUUGG